AUGGCUCGUGGCGCCUUCCACCAUGCUCUAAUUAUUCCGGCAACCUUUCUCAAUGAACAUUCCAAAGCAGAAAAUACUAGCACGAAGAUAAGGCGAGAGGCUCUCUACGACUCAGAGAAUCUGGCGCGACAUAUGGCCAACUACGUGAUGAGCCAGAUUCCUACGCUCUCAAUUACACACAUCUCCUCUAGCGACAUCAUCGCUUCUGACAUUUGGUCAGACCCUUUCCGCGUCUAUGCCUGCUUGUUUGCAAAAGCUAGUAGGGUUCUAUUUCUGGUGACUCAACACGACGUCGUUACCUUUGGUGCAUUUACGAGGGGGCAUUUGCAGUCACUGUUAAACCAAUCAACGCCUAAGGAUUAUGACUGGAAGUCGCGGUUUCUUGUUUUGGCGAUGGGUGACUUUGAACUGCCGGCAGCUCUGCCCUGUGAAGUAAUUCGAUUCAGAGAAGUGGGUUGGUUCAGAGAUAGUAUGGCCCUUUUCGUGCUGGGCAAGAAAAUUCAAGAAUUCUGGAAUCCCAAACUCGAAUCCUCUUGUUUGUUCUCAAGUCCUGAAAAACUUAAAUUCGCAACGAAUUUGGAGGAGACUGAGACUUUCCAAACAUCUCUAAUCGUAAAAACUCUAAACGAUGAAGGUUCUGCUGAAAAACAUCGAGAAAUUCAUGGAAAUUUUAAUAGCACACUUGACCAUGAGGCUCUGAUGAUUUCAAGCCAAUGUCCGGGCUGCCUCACUCACCAAAAUUUUGACGUACGAUUUGAUAUCGCAAGCAAUCGCUCACUUGAAAUACAUGAAUUGCUUCUCCCUGAUAUAUCUACAACGGACCUUAGCGGUAUUAAUCAGCUCUCUCGAAAAAAUGAAUGCUAUUAUACAGUACAAUCAGACAUUGGUUGCAUGGUUAGCUCAAGUGACAUGGAUGAUAAUUCGCCCGUCUUAGACGACGUCCACUCAAUGGGCGAUAGUGUGGGAGAAAUGCAGUGGUCCUCACCCGACAGUGUCUCCGUUGUGCAGGAGGUUAAUCAUGUCCUUCCGCCUGAUGAGAGUGCGUUAACACUGGUCGCGAUGGAGACUGAAGAACUAAGGAACAAGCCACCCCAUAAAAAUGGCAAGGUGAAAACAUUUGCUGAUGCUGAAAAAGAGUCCGAGCCUCCUAAGCCUGCUAAACGAAUCAGAACAACAAAUGAUCAAGUUACAAGCCGGUCGUGUACCUUUUUUAACCACGAAAAGGAUGCUCUAAGCUCUUUACGUGAGGGAGAAAUUCACCCUCCCAUAAUCGUGGAAACAUCAACUGAGGAAACUUUGGAGGCAACAGCUGAACGAUCAAUGGAAAUUGAGACAAGUUUAUGUCCAAUGGAAAGCUGCAACCCCUUAAUGAAGUCCAUGCUUAGCGCUCAGAAGAGCGAAGAUUUGCCAUGCUCUGACGAGCUAGAAACCACACCAACAACAUCCAAACGAGCUUCAACCUCUGAGCACCUCACCGUAGCAAAGGAGAACACAAUCGCCUCUUCAGACCUCAUCGGUGAUAAAAAAUGCGCAUAUUUAAUGGAGCCUCAAUGCUUUCCUGAACAGGAUGAACUUUCAACAAUUACUUCGUCAACGGAGAUUAAAAUGAAACACCCAAAUGCAUUUACUCUUAGUCCUAGUUCACUGCAUCCAAUUAUAGAAGGAAGCGGAGGCAGAAGUAGGGUAAAUGGGCAUGAAGAUGAAAUACCGGGUGAAAUGGCCUCAAAUUCUGUCUUGUCUGCUUCGUCAGAUGAUAGGUCCAGCCAAACAAGGUGGGUGAAAUGGGAUGAUGAUUCAUUUCACUCGAUAAAAGAAGAGUCACUAUGCCCUGGUAAAGGGAAAAAGGUGAGCAAGAAUGAGAGCAUUGAAAAGAGAAGGUCAAUGACUUCGAAUGCGCAUUGCGAAGGAAUUAGAGACCGACGUUCCCAAAGUUACGCUGAGGGGUUCAAAGUUAAGGAGAAAGGGAAAUUUUGCAAUUUAAAUGGGGAUGUGGAAAAGUCCCACUUAAAAAGCCAGUCAACUGAGGAGAAAAAGAGCACUGGUCAGGAAAACAUAAAUUUUGAAUGUCAUUCGACAGAUUCUAGAACAGACCAGGUUACCACAACUGCAGAUAUAGGCGAUGAGCAUUUGAGUGACGCAUUCAUAGAAAAAAAGAAACCGAGAUUCAAUGAUAUGCUUGGUUCAAGUUUUAAACCAAACCACUGCAUCAAACGAAGAAGUUUAUCUCUUGAAAGUAUGGACAUUUUGCAAAAACAUGGGAUAGAAAAGUGCUUGUCCAAAAAGCAAUCAUCGAGUGAACCGCAUUUAAACCUGGUCAUAAAUAAAACACGAAACCCAAUUCCGAAUCCCUAUGUGGUGUUUCCCAUAAGAAGCGGAAACUCACUUGAAGGUGGUGUUGAACAUGCUAUUGUGGGUAAUUUUAAAACAUUGGGAAGUGCAGAAAUUCGCCAGGUGAUGGGCGAAGGCAUACUACUGGAAAAUACUUAUAGUCUGAUAAACACGAAAACUGCGUCUCUUUCUGUUGGCCAUGAAUCUCCUGACGAAAAGUUAAAAGAUUCGGAUGAGGAAGGCAGCUCUCAGGUUGACAUGGAUGAGGAUCUCAAAACACCAAAUAUCUCAAAAACGGGGCAAAUAUCGCCAAGCCUAUCGCCUAUUAAAAUUGCACAAAAGGGAGAUGUGGUUUCCACUUCUAACUCAACAACUGCGAAGGGCAGCAAAAACGAUUAUGAUGUAACAACUACUAGCACGUCAGUACCAGUGGAUAAUGUAUUCUGCUCUUUUAACGAUGAUGCUUCAUGCAAAGGCCACUAUUUCACGUUGAAAACGGUAGAAGGGAAAUUCCCUGAUCUAAAGAACGUAUUUGAAAAGGAAUUGAGAGAACGGCAAAGGAGGACACAAGAGACUUUUCAUUCUUUUCAGCCAACCAACAGUACUAGUAGCACCAAAACCAUGGAACGUGACCCAUAUAGUGAGACUAGAGGUGAAUUAAACGAAAAUAAGGAUGCCAAACCAAAAAAAUUGGAUUCUACUCACCUUGAAAAUGUUCCUGAUAUUGUCUCAGAUGAGCAUAGAGAGCAUCGAACUCCCCCUUCAAUGGAUAUUCGAGACACAACUGGUAAAAAUGCCAAGGGUUGCAUAAAUGAUUACCCCUUCGAAGACCUUGCGAAAUCCAUGUCAGCACCCAAAAAAGUCAAAGCAUCAAUGCCAGCCUAUUCAUCUGCUUCGAAAGAGCAGUCCACGCUAGUCAUUUGUGAAUCGAGCUUAGAGCAAACCACGGAUGUACUGAAACCCAGAGGUCGGAGACGUAAUGGAACCCAAAUUAUUGAUGUACUUGGGAAGAGCAUCCGAAACAAACAUUUAGAAUUCAAAUCUGAAAAGUUUGGAGAAAUAGCACUGGUAAGUAUAAAUGCAAUGGGAAGUCAUCCUGAAAGUUUGCAGGGAUCAAUGCAAAAGGAUGAGAAAUUGAAAGUUAGGCCUCGAAAGUCACUCCUUAAUCAAGAUUCUGCAGACACCGAUGUUCUAAGAAACAACAAUGAAGGAUCAACGGGACAGCUUUCACCUACCAAAGGACCUAAUAACAUACGUUUUGAAGACACUAGUUAUGGCGUUGAAUGCUCAUCUCAAGAUUUGUUAAUGUAUUCCCCAAAAUGUCGUUCACGAACUCCUGAUUCUGACUGUGAUCCGGAAAUCACUUCCUCAACAAUGUCAAGACCAUCGUGCUUAUUGUCGACAGACAAGUUCUCAUCGUCAAUCCCACUCCCCAAAGUUGUACCACGAGCCAAAAUCGCUCAGACGAAUUGCCUGGAAUCGUCUGCGUUUAGAAACGGUCUUAAAAGCGAUAAGCUCAACGAUGAAUCGUUGCCUUUUUGCUAUUUGACUUCAGGUGUUGGCACAAUGAAAUCGGAGGCAAUGGGGAGACGUCCACGGUCAGAAGAGCAUAAACUCGAAAUUGAAAAACGGUUUAGCUCAAUCUCUAUUAAUGACGAAGUAAAUCAGCAGGAGUUUGAAGUUGCUAACACGGCAAUCGGUUCCGCCUAUUCAGGAAUUAAAAUCUCCAGACGCCCAAGUGCGUCCUCCACGCGUCUGCUUCAUGAGACAGGUGAGUACCAGCGGAAUCUCAGUACACAGGUGCAAUUAGGAGGAAGACGACACGAAAUUCAGGUUCAUGGUCCAUACUUUCGCCUAAUUGAGGAAAAUAUUGAAACAGACAAAGGUCCAUCGACCUACUGGUGUGAUCGAUCUGUGGGUUCCCCUACUCCUUGUGGAUUAUCCACCGGAUUCGACACAACAUCGAAUUCGUCAAUGGUCUCAGAGAACAGUCGCAUUUCUAGUGAUGGUAAGUCUCUUUGA